AAUUAAAAUUGGAAUUGGGAAAAAGUUUCUGCUGGAGAUUAAGAUUGCUAAAUUCGAGUAUGAAGAACACUGAAAAAAUUAGUUAAUUAAUGCCCAAAAAUUAUCACCUGGAGAUUUAGAUUGAAGGGACCAAAGCUCAGAAUUACCAAGAAGAUCAGUAUCUGGUUCCAUUGAGAAAGCAACGAAAGAAAAAGAAGCGGAAGAGAAGAUGGAUGAAGAAAGCGCAGCGCAGAAAGCAGAAAUUGCAGAAGAAAAGGAAGAGAAGAACGAUGAAGAAAAAGGGGAGAGAGAUUACAAAAAUACGUGGCUGUACCAUAUACUCCUUAAUUUGAUGACCGGCGCGGAGUCGGAGUCAACGGCUUGGGAAAAUCUUUUACGGAAGAUGCUCCCUCCCUGCGCACCAUUGCCUAACGAGGAGCAUCUUGACUACUCCAUAGCUGUCCAGUGUCAUGCCUCUCCGGAUUGCUUCCAGGACGUUCCCACCUUGAAACCUCAAUCUGCUAAACCUCCCAAAUCCCGGAAGCCUCAAUCGGUGCUCUCCAGAUUUCCAUUGCUUAAGAAGAAAAAUAGCUGUGGAAGCUCUUCUCCUACUUCGGAGUUUCAAUUUAGCUACAAUUCACAUUCGGAGACUCGAGAAGGAAAUGAGCAAGCCAAUUUGGAAUCAGAUAAUGAAACUGAUAACCUGAGUGCUGUAACUUUUGAGGCUGGAAAUGACUUUGAUCCCACCGACGGUGAUGGAUGUAGAGGAAUAUCGCAGCUACCAGGUGAAUCGGAUGACCAAGCUAGUGGAAUGAAGACAAGUGGAGGGAUAAAUGGCCAAUUGUGGUUUAGGUCUAGGGCUACGGUUUGUAGUAGGUGUGGGAAGAAGAAUAGACUAAGGGAGAGAGAGGUGUGCAUUGUCUGUGAUGCUGGAUACUGUAAGAACUGUAUACUCAAGGCUAUGGGUUCGAUGCCUGAGGGGAGGAAAUGCAUCGGAUGCAUUGGCCUGCCAAUUAAUGAGGCUAACAGAGAGAUGCUGGGAAAGGUUCCCCGGUCAUUAGCCAAAGUGUGCAGUCCCUUGGAAGUCACACAGAUAAUGAGGGCAGAGAGAGAAUGCUUUGCCAAUCAAAUUCGACCCGAGCAGGUCUGGGUAAAUGGAAGGCAGUUGAGGGAGGAAGAGUUGGUUGAAUUGCUUGGAUGUGUAAUGCCUCCGGAGAAAUUGAAACCUGGGAAGUAUUGGUAUGACAAGGAUUCUGGACUCUGGGGGAAGGAAGGCAAGAAGCGAGAUAGAUUUAUAAGCUCUAAACUAAAUGUAGGGGGAAAGCUUUUGCUCGACGCAAGCAAUGGAAACACAAAAGUAUACAUCAAUGGACGUGAAAUUACAAAAGUUGAACUUAGAGUACUGAAGGUUGAGCCGGGGGUCUCUUGGAAACAGCCUCCUUGCUUCCAAGUAGGGGCAAGGUCUGCGUACACACACCCUCCCCAGACCCUACUGUAGUGGGAUCCAACUGGGUUGAUGUUGUUUUGUACCCUUAACGGGCUCUAUGCUUCCUUUACUGUGCUAUGUGCUUUCUGUCUUAUUCUAGUUGGGGAUCUCUUGGAAACAACCUCUCAACUUUCAAGUAGGGGUAAGGUUUGCGUACACACAUCCUCCCGAGAUCAUAGUUUUGUGGGAUUCUAAUGGAUUGUUGUUGAUUUCAUGGAGGUCAGGAAAUUUGUUAAAAAGAUGUUGAAACGUGAAAAUAGAGUGAUCAAGUUUUUUAGACGAGAGAGAAGUAUUUUUGACAAGAGAAGUUUUUUAGACGAGAGAGAAGUAUUUUUGGCUAGAAGAGCAUGAACUUUGGAUCCUAUAGUUUGUGGCUAAUUAGGAAGAAUUUUAUAAUCGCUUCAAUGAUGAUAACUUUAUUAAUGUUUGUGUGAGUAUAAAUAGGCAAAACCUUACAAGACACCUACCAUAAUAAUACUAGGAAACAUGAAACCUUAUUUAGGAAUAUUAAAAAUAGAAUAUGACUAUGACACAACAAUAACCCAGUCUUGAUAGUUUUUGUGAACAUACUAAUCUAUUAGCCUUGAUAACACUUCCUCCAUAAACGGUGAAGCACAAAAACAGAAGAAACAGAAACAUGCUGAGUAUUGAUUUCUGGAGGUGGUUUAUGAGAAACCUCACUUUCUAAAUUAUCACACUGAGUCAUAGAUGCUCAAGAUUCGAUAGAAAAAUCGCAAAAGGCCUCUGGAUUGUUUUGCCGGAGAAAAAUAGUUGCUGGAAGGGUCUCACGUCCUGAGGUGUUAGGCAUCUUAUACGUUUGGCAGUGAAGUGGCCAAUAGGUUGGGACUUAGGAGCGCGUGAAGGCGCAUGAGGAAAUUGCUGGUGUCUGGAAGCAACUAAUUGGUUAGGACUUGAUGUAGUCCAUUAUUUACCGGAAGCUAAACAUUAUCAAUAAUGACUCUUUUAUGCCUCAUUGGCAAUAGAUGCAUUUGUGAUGAGUUCGGAAUGGCUUGACAUAUUUCAUGCACUUCCAUGUUGAAGUUUUAACCAAUCAGUUUGUCCUUCACUGUUCUAUUAUGCAUAUGAGUUUGAUUCCACGGUUCUGUUUAUGACAAGUAAUCAUAACAUGCUACCACCUACCAAUAUGUAAGAGUUCCUUGUUUAUAACACAGCAUUGCCACUGAUCUGUGUUCCUCACAGAUUAUGCAUUUCAUUUUUUAAGAGAACUUCAUUUUUCAUUCUUUCACAUGUUUUCAAUUUAAUUCUAUGUCAUAUUGUCAUGUUU